GGGGUACCGUUGUGAUUCGGACUUUGCCAACUUUACAUGGAGGGUCACUUGAAAUUACGCUUACAAUCCCUUUAUUAUGUGCUUUCAUCUAUGUCAUUGUUAUAUUUGAUUGUUGUGAUUUAUAAAAAGAGGAAUUUAUAAUUUUAAAUUUAUAUAAUUUGUUAACAUAUUUUGUUCGUUUCUAUCUAAAGAUAUAACUCUAUUCCAUGUUAUUAUAAUGCAGGGCUAUCCACAAAGUAUUAGACUCCAAUGACAACCCGAAAACCUGAUUGUUUGAGGGUUUAUUGUUUUAACAAAGAAACAUUUGUGAAAGUUCGGGGAACCAUAAUUUUGUACAGUCAUCUUGAAAGUCUUAUGUUUUUUGGGUCACCCUGUAACCUUGUAACCCUGAAUCUGUUUUAAUUUUUUGUUUUUAAAUCAAAAAUAUGUAAAUAUUUCAGAUGUCUAGAAAACAUGCAGUUUCCGCUAAUUACUUUGUAUGGACUAACCCUUCCAUAACAGCGUUUAUCCUGUUUGGACUUUUCUACCUGCUACCGGUCAGUUUAUUUAACCCUGCUCUCUUGCCUCAGCUUCCAAUAGUAGAUAUGUACAUGAAGUAUGUGGAACAGUACAACAUGCUGAUCAAGUUUGUGUUCAUCAUCUCUGUUUACAUUCAUGUCAUUGAAACCCUGGUCGCUAUUGCUCUCUGUAACAGGCAUCAGCUGGGAUUCUCAGCCACGCUGAAAUGGACGCUCAGUGUUGCUGUGAACGGAGUUUUCUCUCUGAAGUAUUUACUCAAUCCUCAAAAUAAUCUGUAAAUCAUAACUUCUCCUUCAUCAUUAA